AUGAUCGCGAGCGAGCUCGAAGCGAAGAAGAUGAAGACUUUGCACAUGAUCAAGCAGGUAUGGGCUGUGUGGAAGAAGUGGAACGAGGAGGAGGUGGCUAGGCCGCAGAUCGGCUUCGCCGGCUACGACGGGAUCGACUGGGAUGUGGAGGGGUCGGACACAGAGGAAAGUCCGUCAAACGUGAUGACUGUGGAGGUGAUGGACCUCAUGGGAAAGGUUUCACAGCUUGCCAAAAAGGAUGGAUACCUGGCCUCUCUAUCCGCCAUGGAGUCCUACCUCGAUCCCUCCACCAGCGCCUACAAUCGCUCGCUGCUGCAGUCGUACAACGAGUGGGAAGGGCUGGAGCCGGGGUUUCGCUUCCAUGGAAGAAACACCCUUGCGUACGUGCUCGAGGUGUACGGGGAGUCAGAGUCAUGCCAACUUCGCCAUCUACCAGAAGAAAUCGGACCCGGCAAAAUAUUUCACUGA